UGCUCUCAGCCCUGGGUGGUUCUGCUUUGGGGCAGGGCUUUAAAUCCAGCUGCCAGAGGCGGGGAGGUCUAGAUCCAGAGAGGAGCCGACCGAGGCAGCGGCGAUGCAGGGCUCCCGCGGCCUCCCAGCCGUUCUCCUGCUCCUGGCAGCCGCUCGGCUGAGCUGCGCCCUCAGAGAGGAGGAGAGGGUCACCAUGGUGGAGAUGCACAAUCUGUUCCGCUCCCAAGUCUCCCCUCCGGCCGCAGACAUGCUGACCAUGAGAUGGGACGAGGAGCUGGCCGCCUUCGCCAAGGCCUACGCCACCCAGUGCAUCUGGGGCCACAACAAGGAGCGGGGCCGGCGCGGGGAGAACCUGUUUGCCAUCACGGAAGAGGGGCUGGACAUUCAGAUGGCCAUGGAGGAGUGGUACAAUGAGAACGAGCACUACAACCUCACCUCUGCGGCCUGCGAGGAGGGUCAGAUGUGUGGUCACUAUACCCAGGUGGUGUGGGCGGCCACGGACCGGAUCGGCUGUGGCUCCCAUUUCUGCAAGAAUCUGGAGGGCGUCGAGGAGACAGACAUCCACCUCCUGGUCUGCAACUACCAACCCCCGGGCAACGUGAAGGGCCGGAAGCCAUACAAGGAGGGUCCGCAGUGUUCCCGGUGCCCGGACGGUUACCGGUGUCAGAACGGCCUCUGUGAACCAGCUGUAGGCCCUGCAACAACCACAGUACUUUCCCCAGCCCAGGGGGCCCCGACCUCCCCAGCCUCCGGAGCCCCAGGACAGGACCACUCCCUCCAGCCAAGCUCCGACCCCGGCCCAGAGCUGCGGUCCGAAAUGGAGGCCGAGGGCCGCAGCUCCCCUUCCGGGAGCCCGGAGUCACCCCUGUUCCAGAAAAGAGAGUCCACCACGCUGGUCCCUGAGACUGCCCCGGAGAAAGAGGCCACCCCACCGGAGCCCCAGGGAAGGGCCCGGGAGGGAGACCAAGGGGAAGCCAAGGAGGGAGUCCGAGGGUUCCCGCCCUCCCCGAGCUCCUCGGCCGCAACGUCCCAGGCCAACCCUGAGGAGGAAGGGAGCCCUCACCCACCAGCCUCAGCCUCAGCAUCACCAAGGCCCGCAAACCCUCUCUCCCGGGCCCCUCCCCUCCCCGCCAGGGCCACCAGGUCUAACGCCACAGGAGGGCACACCCUGGCUCUACGGUCCUCAGGGGCCGCCCACCUCCAGCCCAACAUCCAAGUGGAGGGGAAAAGCAGCUCUGAUCCAAUCAGCUCUUAUUCCAGCUGCCCGACAGCCUCCCUUGGGGGGCUUCUGGCGACCCUGGUCGUAGCCCUUCUCUUCUAAAGGGACAGGCCCGGGGCGGAGGCGCGCGAGAGGCAGGGUCCCCGUACUGACCCCUGGGGUGCAAAUGCCAAACCUCCUCUUCACGGCCUCGUCGCCCACCAGGCAGUUGGGCGGGUGUCAGCCCCUCUCGGGCCUCUUGACCUCUGACCCAAGACCUCAGGACCAGUCCCGGCCCAGACAGCUCUCCAGAAGCGUUCUCUGAGCCGGGGCCUUGGCCCCCAACCUUCCUUGGAGACCCCCCGGCUACAGAAACCCAGAUCAUUGAUGAGCUUCCAGCCCCAUCCGGCCUCUGAAUCGGGGCGGGGAAGGGAAGCGGGAUGCUCCCAGAGUCCCACAGCUGUCUGAGGUGGGAGUUCCCACACACCCACUCCCCACUCUGCUGAGCUCAUCCACCCACGGGACUGACAGAGGGCAGGGGAGGGGCGGGCGGAAGAUUUUCCCUUCACCUCCACCCCCUGCCCCCUUCUCAUCAGACUCCCUUCAGUCUGAAACUUGACCAGCCACACAGUCCACUUCUUAACACAGGUGUCGAAUUGCCAUGCUGAAAUCUAGCCAGAAGAGCCACAUUCCGGAGCAACAAGGACCUGGCCCGGCCAGUAUUAGGGUUUGGCCCCCAAACAAUAUAACGGGCUUUCCGACGCUGUGUCUCCUACCCUAGCCCCAAGCCCUCCCCCACCCACUCGUGGGGUCUCUGACCCUGAGCCCAUAGCCCCUUUCUGUGCCCUGGGAAGGAGCCUGCUCGAUUCUGGGGUCCCCGAUGACCCGCCCCCCCAAACCGAUCCCCCUCGGUGGGGCUUUAGCUCGCUUCUGGGAGCCCUGGAUUGUCCUGAGAAAUCCCUCCAGAGGAAGCUGAAUGGUCAGGGAUUGGGGCAGGCUAGGGAGAGGGAUCGGGAGCUGGGAAAGGCAGCUGGGCGGAGAGGAGCGCCCACUCCGCAUACGACUAGAAUAAAGUCUGGAUCGAAGA